UUGGAAGGUCACUUUGACCGGUUUGGGGGAGGAACGUCUGCUUGAGACAACGGUUGGGAAGGAGUGCUUAAGACAAAACAGAAAGAAUGCGCUUGUCUUAUGUAUCUUUCCAGGGGAGGUACUAUGCAAGACGUCCUGCAACAAGGCAGUAGGGGUCUAGUGUACCGAGUAAUAAGAAGCAACGGUAUCGAAUAAACGGAUGUCACACUCUCUCUUUCUUACUUCUUAAGUCCUGCCGGGUAUCACAAGUUGCAGGAGUAAACCACCGCCCGUUCAGUUCCAAGUCUCCAAGUCCCGACUAUCACUUACAUUCUCCUUGCACCCCCGCUAGACGCUAGACGAUAGGAAACUACGAUAAUGGCCGCCGCACCCAAGUGGAAGAUAGCCAUCGGAGCCGACGAUGCCGGUGUUGGCUACAAGAGCAAGAUUAGGGAGGACUUCGAAAAGGACCCCCGCGUCGAGUCUAUCGUAGACGUUGGCAGUCUCUCAACAGAUGACAAGACAGCCUACCCUCACCGAGCAGCGGCCGCAGCGCGGCUCGUAGCUGAUGGCAAGGUCGACAGGGCCCUGCUCAUCUGCGGUACAGGCCUAGGAGUUGCCAUCUCGGCGAAUAAGAUCAAGGGCGUCCGCGCCGUCACAGCCCAUGAUAGCUUCUCUGUAGAGCGAGCUGUACUAAGCAACAAUGCCCAAGUCCUUUGUAUGGGCGAGAGGGUCAUCGGCUUGGAACUCGCGCGCAGGCUAGCUAAGGAGUGGUUGGGUUAUGUAUUUGACGAGAAAAGCGCGAGCGCCGCCAAGGUAGAAGUUAUCAGCGACCUCGAGAAGUUGCUAUAAACUAGAACGCGCUGUCGGUCUAGGGGACAUAUGCCAUGUGGGAAUUUCCAUUGCUUAGGCCCUACCACUGUAAAAGGGGGAUAGAAUAGUCCAGCCUAACACUUAUAAGUCACUAACUAACAUAAGUGCAUUGGUUAUAUCAAACGCAGACUCGGGUAAAUAAGAUAGUCUGACGGGAUUGUGACUUAUUGGUCCGGAUACCCGAAAGCUUAAAUAGCUAGAUAUAGAUGGAACGCUAGCGGUAGACUGCAUCUACCCGAGCCGAAACGCAGUUAAACAAAGUUAAGAGGACCGCUGUAUAACAUAUGAUCU